UGAAAUACUUUGUUGUCCUUUCCCUCAUUUUCUCACAGAUUUUCAUGAUGGAGCAGCCGAUUUUCAUCUGUUUCACUCCUGUAGGGAGGUUGGUGUGGGAGGAACUGACUUCUCAAACUGAACAGCCAAAUAGUGAAGACUCUGGUUUUCCCUUUGAGAAGAUGCAGCUGGUUGGGAACUGGGGUUCGUUUCAUUUCCAUACCUGGCUAAUCCGUUAUGGACGAGUGCAGCAAAAUGAAGAGGACAUGCAUCACCUGUGCAUUGUGAGGGGAGUGGAGAAACAGCUGUGGUGGAGCAGAGUCAUUCAGGAAAAAAUCCUGGACCCAUGGGGUAAUGUCCAGGUGGUCCUCACCAACAAGGAGGUGACUGGUAUUAAGUACCUUGGUAGAAGGAUCCAUGGACUCAGGUCUUGCCUCGUCAAGAGGAGGUCAGAGUUCACCUAUUAUGAGGACGCCCAGCAGGUGGAUAUCUCCACCACAGUGGAGGGGUUCCAGGAGAGGGGGGAUGACAUGAUGACGUAUCAGUUCUCUACCUCUGACAUUAUCACCACCCCUCAUGAGCCAUCCUCUGGCUCCUCUCAGCAGUUCCCCCAGGAUUCUCCACCUCCCCCUCCGCCUCCCCCGUUCCCUUCCCCUCCACCUUACCACUUCACCCAGGACCAGACCCCUGACAGCACUCCUCAGGAGUUUGUGGAGGAGCAACAUAAUGUUGCAGAUGUGCCCCAGCUGUGGAGUUACUUUGGAAACCAAGGGCCAAGCAACUUCUCUCUGAGGCUGGCUGGUAUCCGACGUGCUAUGGAGGCUCUGACAUCCUCAGACAGUACCUCCCUUAAUUACCUCAUCCACGCUGGGAGGAUGGUGUUGAGUGGACUGUCCGAGCUCAACCAGCAGGAUGUGAGGCAGUUUCAGCAGGCCUACGACAUCCUGGUGAACUUCAUUAAUGAGCCAGCAAACAGGGAGCAACUAGAGCUGGAGAUGGCUCUUGUAGGAGUAGGUUUACAUGCAAGCUUGAGCGUUAGCUGCAGGCACCGUCUGCUCAUCCAACAUCUACUCAAUGAGACUUUCUAA